AUGAAGAAAUUGAUGAGUACUGUGUUCUUCACCCAUUCAUUUAGUAAAAUAAGUAAUUUUGAUGUAAUUAUAAUGGAUUCUUUUAAAGGAUGUCAUAUAAAGAGUAAUCUAAACUAAUACAUUAACAAUCCAACAUUGUUCAAAUAAAAGAUAAUCAACUUAAUUGGAGAAAACAAAUCCAGUAACAAUACAGCAAUUUGGAUUGAACUAAAGAAUGACUAAUUACGUUUGGCUCCAAUCUUAAUCGAAUAAGGAUUCUAAAUGCAUAGAGUAGCAGGAACUGUAUUGAAAUUUUCAAAAUGGCUACUUGAGGGUGAAAGUAGACUGCCUAGUUAAGCAACACAUUUUAUUGGGGUCGGAGGGAUAGUUGUAAAGGAUAAUUGUGUAUUACUUGUGCAAGAAAAGAAUGGACAUAGAAUGGGAGCAUGGGGUACUCCAGGAGGGUUAUUGGACCUUAAGGAAUCUUUGAUCUAGGGUGUCUUAAGAGAGGUGAAAGAGGAAACAAAUUUAGAUUGUUAAGUAGAGGAUGUGUUGUAUUUUAGAGAGAUGCAUGAUGCUAGAUAUGAGAAGACAGAUAUGUACUUUGCGUUUUAAUUGAAAUGUUUGGAUGAUAAAUAGAUCAAGAUUUGUGAUUAAGAGUUGAUGGAUUAUAGAUGGGUGCCAAUUGCUGAGUUAUUAGAUUUUUUGAAAAAGGAAGGUUAGAAACCUCACGUGAUAAACUUCUACAAAUCAGUAUAGGAACGACUUAUAGGAGAGGAUAAGAAAUAUAUGAAGAUAGAGGAGAGAGAGGAAAUGUAUUAGGGUUAAAUGAAAUAUUAUGCAGUUUUCAAACCUAGAUUUUGA